CAGCACCAGCUUACUUUUUCCCCGCAUCUCUCUGGAAUCGUUUCUGGGAUAUUUUCCAAAUCAUCACAGAAAGCAGGAGGAAUGAACCGGCAGCUAGUGAAAAUUCUGACAACCUUGUUUGCAUUUUUCUUAGAGACAAACCACUUCAGGACGACUUUCUGUAAAGAACAUGAUUCAAGAUCUGGAAAAUCCCCCUCACAGACCCUGUCUCCUUCAGAUUUUUUGGACAAAUUGAUGGGAAGGACAUCGGGAUAUGAUGCUAGAAUCAGACCAAAUUUUAAAGGUCCUCCAGUAAACGUUACUUGCAAUAUUUUUAUCAACAGUUUUGGAUCAGUCACAGAAACCACAAUGGACUACAGAGUGAAUAUAUUUUUGAGACAACAGUGGAAUGACUCACGUCUGGCUUAUAGUGAAUAUCCCGACGAUUCCCUGGAUUUGGAUCCCUCUAUGUUGGACUCUAUUUGGAAGCCAGAUUUAUUCUUUGCCAAUGAGAAGGGAGCAAACUUCCAUGAUGUCACGACAGACAACAAGUUGCUGAGGAUUUCUAAAACUGGAAAAGUGUUGUACAGCAUCAGGUAA